AGGUUUUAGUGCUGUUGAUUUUAUCUAUUUAGAUUAUAUUUUUAAUUUCUAGGAGCAGUACUUUCCUUUAGCAAAAACUUUAUAGCAGAUAGAUUAAAAAGGGUCGAAGACGGCAGUCCGUGAUUGAUGCAAUCAUGCAAAUGUGGGCGUUAGGAAAGGUGUGCGAUGAUACGGUGAAAUUACGAAUUCCUGCUGAUUCACGAUGAGUUCGUAUACGUACUGAUUGUGUUUGUUGUGUUUAUUCCGUCUCUGAUUUGAAUCCGUAAAUCGUGUAAAAUCCGCCAUCAUUGUGUGGGACGCUGAGUUGACUUGUUUAUAUUUCACGCAGACCAGGACCAAGUGAGUCCUCUUCGACUAGUCGCGGCCGUCAUGUCGGCUGAGAAGACCACCAAGGUCCUGCCAGAGAACCCCGACUCCUCCCGCCACCCCUCGGUGCGCCCGUCCCCCGCGCGGCCCCUCAACAUGGAAACGGACGCGGAGCCGCGUCCGCGCACUUCCGCCGUGCCCCUGCACAGCCAGGUCUCCUCCACUUCCGACCCCGCCCGCCGCGUCGACAUGUACAACCGCUUCCUGGCCUACCCGGUGGACGCGGAGGCCGACGCCUGGUUCGCCGAGACCAAGGCCAACCUGGCCAAGUGUCUGCUGGAGGCGGAUUACCGGCCGGGACUCUUCUUCUGGACGACGCGGCUGGAGGCCUAUGUGGCGCUGUACGGGCGCCGUUUCAGUAAGGCCGACCAUGUGCUGCUGGUGGAGAUGUAUUUGGCGCUGCUGCUGGACCCCGACAUGGAGCCCAGUCUCGUCUCGCGCUUCGCCAAGGUGGUUGCGCUCCUCCUGAGGAAGCUGGAGCUCCUCAAGCCCGAGGACCUCACCAUUGAGUGGCGCCCGCUGUACAAGCUCUUCCAGCGCGUUCAUCCUUCCACUGAUCAGCUUCAUGGCGUUUUUUACUGGCCGGAGAAACUGGACGAUAAGCUGCGGGAGCUGAUCGGGUUCUGCCGGUAUUACUUCCCACUGUCAGCCACUCAGGAGAUGCUGGACGAAUUUCGCCCGAUGCUGUGCCCCUUCGACGAUCAGAUGAGCACGGCCAUGGACUACCUCUCCAUGUUUCUGCCCACUAUGCUCAAGCCCCACCAAGCCCAGUACGGCUACGAGUUGUGGCUAGAGGAAUUCCUCAAUAUCUGGCUGGCCUUCCACGGCGUUCCCGCCUGGGAGAUGUCCAUGCUACAGUUGUUUUCGCGAGCUGCUGCCGAGAACAUCGGCUACAUCCAGUGGGAGAAAUAUGUGGCGGCCAUCUUUACUAAAUUCCUGCGCACCUUGGAACUGCCGGUGGGAAAAAAGCAGCUGCAGCUGGUCUACUCCAACGACUCGUUUGAUGAAUCCUCCGCCGUUCUGUGGCCGGUGGCUAUGAUCCACAACGAAAAGUGCCUUCAGGCGCUGGAAGUGCUUUUCCGCUCCGUGGAGUCAUAUUUUCACCCUUCCAACUAUGGCAACUGGACCGAUAAGCUCAGCCAGACCCUCAUGUUCCUUCCCAUGGGCAUGGUGGCCCGACUCCAGCUCGAGCGCUUCCGUCCCAAAGACUGGAUGCCGGAGAUCCCCCCGGAAGCCUGUCUAUCCGACGACACCGUCCGCCGCUUUGUGCGCGCCUUCAAACCGCUGGCGCUGCUCAAUCUCUUUAACAAGUCCGCUCCUGAGGAAGCGGCUAUCGCCAUUCAGCAACUGGCGCUUUUGGCACCUGAAGAGAUCUUCCCUGAUUUACUGGAUAAAUUCUAUUCCUCGGUGGAGAACAUGGUGGAACCCCUGCGCUUUCAGGCCAUCGUGGCGGCACUGUCAGCUUCAUUGCCGUUUCUCUUCAACUACAAGGACGGUCGGAAGCACGUGGUGCCGCUGAUGCUUGCACUGCUCCCAGGCAUUGACUCCAACGAUGUACGCAAGACGGUGAGCACGCUGGGCUUUUUUUCCACCAUCGCCACCAUGAUUCCGCUGCGCCCAUGCUACGACCAAGCGGAUUCUGCGCAGGUGACUAGCGACGAUCGUGAAGUGUGCGGCCAGACGGCGGAAUUUGAGAACAUCCUGCUGCAGCUGUUGGACAAAUGUCUGGCCAUGCUGGACAAUUUCGCGGUGGAGCCGGGGGCGCGGACAGAUCAUAUGAAGGGAGUGGGACUGGAGGCUAACAUGGAGGAGAAGAUCGUGAAGAUGCGGAUGGAGAUGCUGUGGUUUGCCAUUUUGACGCAGGUCGACGACAACACAGCGCAGUUAUUGGCUGAUAAACUGUACUCAGCCGCGUCAUCCCGAAUCUAUCCGGUGCAACAGUUGGGUGCCUCGCUCGUCAGCUACAUGUGCACCGUGGUGAUGCGCCUGCGACCGGAAAUCGGCAAAACCCGGCUUCUGCACGCAUGUAUCCGUCUGCUGGAGAUUCGCCUGGCGGAGCGGGACAACGUGAUGGACUUAACCAAUCUGGACGAUGAGCUGUUGUGGUCAUUGAAACUGGUCGGCGAUGUUGUGGCCAGCUCCGGAAAGCACGUGCUGGACUAUGUAGACCGCAUCCGCAGCAUUUUGCGACAGACGCUGAUGAUGAAGUGCAACAGCGGCCAUCGUUACGCCUGCAUCAUCGCCCGCGCCGUCCUCAUCACCCUCCUCCGCACGUAUCCCAUCAAUUACUACGAAGCUCCAGAGAAAAUCUUCCCGGAUUUCCCCGCGAAACUGUCGACGUUGGAUCUGUGGGGAAAGCGCGUGCAGCCGGAAGAUGUGCAUGUGCAGUGGUAUGUUCCCGAAGCGCAAACCGUUGCCGUCUGUGCCGGCUUCUUUCAGGAGUUUGCGUCGGAGGCUUUGGAUUUGCUGAAUCAGUACGCCAGUGGCGGUGUCAGCCUGGAGGACAAGAAGAUCCAAAAAUGCUUGCAUGUGCUAGAAGCCACACUAGUCGGGGUGAUCUCCCACUGCGGCUUCGAUUUCGAUGAAAUGGUGGCGCUGCCGGGCUAUGAUUUGACGUAUCCGCAGGAGGAUUUGCCCAAGAUCAGCGGGACAAAACAAGAAGAAAUACUGCUGAACGGGCAGCCUGUGCGGAAAGUCCUGGCGGAGACGCUGCAACGCGUAGUGGAGCGCGUACUAAUGGGGCAUCAGGACGAGACUAAAUCCCUCAAGAGCGUUCUCGUACUCUACAAAAUUAUCCUGUUGUCCCGCGGUCCUUCGCCCGAAGACGUGAUGUUGUUGGGAGGAACGCUGUCGACGAUAAAAAAUGAACUGCAGAACCGCUUGUCACUCAAGAAAUCCCGUUUCCGAAUGCUGUACAUCGAAAAGGCCCGCAUGCAGCAUGAGCUACGCGGUGUGUACCAGCGCGCCAGCCGCAUGACGGCAACGCGAGUGGCCAUUCUCAAAGUCAUUGUCCGUUUGGCGGUGUCGCGCUACAAGGAAGUGCGGAGUAAUGCGCAGACCCUGUUCGCCGAAGUUACCGGCCAACUGAAUCUGGCUUAUCGCUACGUUCUGCCUGAUAUUUUGCAUUAUCUGGCGGACUCCAAGAGCAAGACUGAUGACAACGAUGCUCAACUUAAAGGAUGCUUGUACCUCAUACUCGGCAGUAAAAAUUUAUCGCUCCUUCUCAAACACGACUGGGACACCAUUCGCCGCGUCGUUCCCGCCGUUGUGGAGGCGCAGCACUCAGAGAAUGCCACGGUGUCGUUGCUGUUUGAUGCGUUGAGCGAGAAAGUGGAGACCAUGUUCAUCACCACGGGACUGGUCAUCAAGCCCGCGGUAGACGUAGCGGUCAAGGUGGCCACAGAGAUGCUGGGUCUGGAGAUAGUCUUCGAGCAGGCGCUGAAGAUCGGCCAGCAGAAACUGGAGGUGAAGAACGCCAACAACCUCCGCCUGUACGUGGAGUUGGUUGAACAUCUGGUGCAACUACUGAACGCACCGCAAAUCCGACUAAAAAACUUCCUCAUCGGCCAGGUUUUUCUUAGUUAUUUCAUUCGAAAUGACGUCUUGCCGCCGUUGCGAUUGGUACAGUUCACCCUGGAGCAUCUCCUUGAUUCCAACGAUAAAGCCCGUCGCACGAGCCUCCUCAUGAUGAUAUCCAUAAUGCGGGCACUGAAACCGCCUCGCAAGAAGAUCCGCAUUGAACCCUGCCAUGAUCUGAACAACCGGCCGCUGCCCCUCCCCACCACUAUCGGGAUUCGCGAGGAUAAUCUGUGGGUGUGCGUGGACGAAACGCGUAUUCCCACAGCGGAAGCGGAUUACGACAACACGGUGUUUAUCGACAAAAUCUGGCCUGGUUAUUACGGCUGGCCCAAGAGCGGGCUGAUGGUAUCGGCGCCAGCCGCCCAGCAGAGCAGCUGGCAGCGCACCCGUGAUCAGAUGAAGGACGUUGAGCUGCUGAUUUUGGAUAAACUGACUGAUGAGCAGUGGGUGGCGGCAUUGAUCAAGUUCCUCGCGGCGGAAGAUUUCGCGCACGCUGAAUUUGAUCAGGAGCACUUUAUGAUGUUUCGCGGCUGGUUCCGCCAUUUCAACAAGGCGGUUGUGCCGCUGUUUUUACAGCAUUUGCAACAGUUGGUCAAAAGUCGUGAAGAGCACAGUCAGCGCGCGGCGGCGGAGAUCAUGACGGCCCUCAUCCGCGGGUCGAAACGCUGGCCCUACCGAAUGGUCUCCAAGCUGUGGGCCGAUUUGGCUCCGCUCAUCCAAACCGCGCUGAACAAUAUUUCUGGAGAGACAUUGCCCGAUUGGAUUGCCUUCGGCACCAACUCCAUCGGAUAUGGUGAUAUGCGACAAAUCUACCCGUUGUUGCGUUCCGUCCUCAUCCUUUCUCCGACAGAUACGGGCUUUCAGACCAGCUCCAAACUGGCGGUAAUCCAUGGCAUCUUUGAGUGCUCGGACUGGCGCCGGCGGAAUCUGCACUACAUGGUGCUGGAGAUGCUGGAGAGCCGCUUAACAGACAGUUACCGCGACCAUGUGGCUUAUCUGUUGUCGGUGGCCUUCCGGCACGACAUCAACCUGCCCCACAUGGACACUCGGCAAGACCAGGGCCCAAAGGCCACCGAUUUCUUCAAUAAGUACUUUGCGACGUGCUUGAGUCUGCUUGAAGAUGAAGGUCACACAACGCUGCAGACGCUAAUCCUUUUCAAGACCAUCGUCAAAGCCAUUGUCACUCAUGUCUCAUCGUUGGCUACUCUGCGCCCCGAUGUUCUGCGAUAUUACCCGUUGUUGUGCCGUUUUGAGAACGAUACCCGUGACGCGGAUCUGGCCAAGGACUGCAUAUCCGCCCUGACGUGCUUCUCACAGGUCUUUCUCUCGGAGAACGCCAUCCCGCGACUGCUGAGCGAGGUGCACGCGGUCGUGACCAAACCAGAUAUCCCGUGGCGCGCCCGCGUAGUGGCGUUAGACAAUCUGCAAGUAUGCAUCUUCAACAACCUCCUCACCAUCCUGGAGCGGCCGCUGUGGAUCCAGGACAUCGCCGCUCUGGUGCGGCAGCGUCUGCUCGACGAACAAGUGGAGGUGCGGCAGAUGGCGGCGGUAACGCUGACGGGGCUGUUCCAGUGCCAAUUCCUGCCGAUGAGCCCGGAGGAGCUGGGGGUGUUCCAGCAGUGGGCUAAUCUCCAGUUGCCACGCGGCGCAGAUAAGACCAGUCCGGAAUAUCUACAGACGCUGAUCCGGCGGCAUGCAGGCGUCCUGGGCCUGUCGGCCUGCAUCGCUGCCCAUCCCUACGAUGUGCCGGCCUUCGUGCCCAAUGUGCUUAUGGCGCUGGGUGAGCACAUCAACGAUCCGCUGCCCAUCAGCCAGACGGUGCGCGCCACCUUCGGGGAAUUUCGGCGGACACAUCAUGAUUCGUGGCGGGAGCACAAGGAAAAGUUUUCCGAUGACCAGCUGGCUAUCCUAACCGAUCUGCUUGUUUCGCCCAAUUACUAUGCUUGAAGUCGUGUGACGCUGUUGGGAAAGUCGGGACAACCUUGAUGUCUGCGGGAUAAUCGUUGAGGAGAGCGCUGCAGAGUAGCUGCUCUGCUUGCACUUUUUAUUUGUUUGUUUGUUGAUGCUUAGCCUUGCGCGCGAACGAUUGAUCCUUGAUUAUCAUUCUAUAUUCAGAGUGUUAUCGUUUUGUUAGAAUUCUUAUUUAUUUAUUCUUUACAUCGGUCUACGUCUGCCAUUGAUGCUGCAUAAAUUUGAAGUCAGUUUUACGGUGUUUUGUACUUUGCACUGUUGACGUUUAAGGGUAACUAGUCUAUCAGUCCAACAAAUUUAUUAUCGAUCAAAUCGAAACCGGCAGUGCUGACAUGAGUGCACUGGUGUCUGUGCCGAUGUGCGCCACACUACGCGGAAUGUUGAGAUUACAGCGGUUGUUUUGAUAACAUGGGUGCCGAGA